AGUGGCAGGUACCCUAUAAAACACCAUGACAUUUCCAGAACAAAUGGCUCAGGCUAGGCAGGCCACCGGAUCAAAGUUCAGUUGAGAGCAGAGCAGAGCAGCAAGCUAGUGUGGUUGCAUUUCAGAAAUGUGGAUGGAGCAGUGGAUGCCGACGGUGUCAAUGGUGGCCACCAACGUGGUGAUCGCCAUCAUGACAGCGCUGAUCAAGCAGGCGCUCAACCAGGGGAUGAACCGCCUGGUCCUCAUCACUUUCCGCCAAAUGGUGGCCACUGUAUUCCUUGGCCCCAUAGCCUACUUCAAGGAAAGGAAGACAAGACCAAAGUUCACAGCUGAAAUCUUUGGCUACAUGUUCCUAAGUGGAAUCCUUGGGCCGGUGCUUCUUCAGUACACACUGUUUGUCGGGCUGGAGUUCACCACAGCAACAUUUGCUGCAACUUUCGGCAAUAUGCUUCCGGUGGUCACUUUCUUGAUUUCACUCGUUUUCAGGUUUGAAGCACUCAAUGUAAAGAGCAAAUCAGGGAGUGCCAAGAUAUCAGGAACACUGGUUUCCCUGAGUGGAGCAAUGAUGCUCACCUUCUACAAGGGCUCAGCACUGACCCAUACAGCAUCAUCUAGCAGCAAUCCAGCAGCAUCCAGCAGUGGCAGCAAGCAAGCUGAAGAACAUGACACCGUCCGUUGGGUGCUCGGUUCCGUCUCGUUGCUCGCAAACGUAGUUGGGUUCGCACUGUGGUUGAUGCUGCAGAGGAAGUUCACCAGGAAGUACCCAGCAAUUUACUCUGCUACUGCAUUCAUGUCACUGUUCAGCUGCUUGCAAGCAGGAGCACUUGCCCUGUCCAUCCAGAGGAGCAGCGUUUCAUUGUGGGCUCUCAAGGGGACUAUAGAGAUUGCCACAGUUGUAUAUUGUGGUGUAGUGGCGUCUGGCAUUGGGUACCUGAUGCUCACAUAUUGCGUUGAGAAGAGAGGCCCUGUCUUCACCGCCGCCUUCAGCCCUCUCGCUCAGAUCUUCGUGGCUGCCAUCGACCUCUUCAUCCUCCACGAGCCACUCUAUCUUGGCAGCGUGCUAGGAUCAGUCCUGGUGAUUCUGGGGCUUUACCUUGUUCUGUGGGGCAAAAGAGAGGAGGCCGCCAUUGCAUCGCCGGAGAAACCGGUGCAAGCAGCAGACGUAGAACAGCAGCAGCAAGAGAAAGUGUGAUCAAAUGUAAAUGUAAUUCCCCUUAGCCUGCAUGCUGCAUAUAUAUGAUGUGCAAUUAACUUCAAGAUGUAGUGCCAGCUAAACAGAAAUCUUAUUGUAAGCUCUGACAGCUAUGGUCUACUCCCAGAGUUAAGUGCACCACAUAUUUGUACUCGCAUGAUACACAUGAAAAAGCUAGAAGAAAUACACUGUACCAUUCUGCUUCGAUCAUCUAAGCUGUGCAAAAGUGCCUUUGUGGUCAUAUAUUGAUCCCAAUUCUGGCAAAACAGUGCUCCUCUGAAU